AUGAACUUAUCGGAGGCGUUAUUGGAGUUCUUUAUUGUCGUGAUUGCUGUUGUGUCGCUGUUAUCGAAUUUACUGGUGCUGUUAUGUUUCACCUGCAGCGCAGAAAUACGCGGGCAGGUGCCAGGCGUAUUCAUAUUAAAUCUCUCUUUCUGCAACAUCCUUAUCGCUAUACUCAAUAUGCCCUCCACGCUACUUGGAGUCGCCAAAGGCCAGAAGCCGUUCGGAGACCCAUUCUGUUACGCUGUGAGCUUCAUGGAGACUUUUCUAACCACCAAUUCUAUGUUGAGCAUGGCUGCGCUUAGUAUUGACCGGUGGAUAGCAGUGGUAUUCCCGCUGACUUACUCCAGCAAAAUGAGAUACAAGGACGCUGUCUUAAUGGUGGGCUACGCGUGGAUACACUCUUUAACGUUCUCUCUCACGGCUCUGUUGUUCUCCUGGUUUAACUUCAAUCCUACGUACGCUUCAUGUACCGUGUGCCUAAACAAGGAAAGCGAGCGCCUUAACUUCACUGUUUUUACCGUGGUUUUCCACUUCACCAGCUUCGCGCUCACGCUGUUCAUACUGUGUUUCACGUACCUGAAAGUUCUCAAAGUGGCCCGCUUUCACUGCAGAAGGAUAGACGUUAUAACGGUUCAGACACUUUUACUGUUGGUGGACAUCCACCCGAGCGUGAAACAACGUUGUCUACAUGAACAGAAAAGAAGACGACGAAGAGCCACAAAGAAAAUAUGUAUAUUCAUUGGAUCUUUUGUCAUUUGCUUCGCCCCUUACGUAAUAACAAGACUGACAGAGGUGGUGGCAACCGUGAAGAUAGAUCGCUACUGGGGCAUCGUUACCAAGUGUCUAACGUACGGCAAGCCCGCCCUGGAUCCCUUUGUGUAUUCUCUGCUUCGUCAACAGUACAAGAAAGCCCUCAUUGGCAUGACCAACAGGAUUCUGGGACGCGACUUGUACAGCCCUUCCGGACACAGCAGCUCUUCAGACACAGACAAUGACUCCUGUCUGCAGCGACUUCAUGAAAGACGGCUAACUCAAAAAGGAGGGACCGGUUAG